AUGAGUUAUUAUGGAAAUGAUAUUUAUCGAUGGUCAUCAAGAAAAGCAGAAGAUGAGGAAAAGGAAAAGAAGUAUAAUGAAUUGAUGCAACGACAAAAGGAAGGAAAAGCUUCAGAUACAGCUGUUGAGAAUGAUUAUUUUGAAGGGGACGAUUCUGAUGAAGAUAAUAAUAAUGUUGAUGAUGAACAUGAAAAAUCUGAUGAUACAAAAAUACAAAAGAAUAAGAAAAAUGGAGUUGAAAAAGAAAAGGAAGAAGAAGAUGAUGAUGAUGAAUUAGAUGCAUUUAUGGCAGAAAUAAAUAAACAGGCACAAACAGAAAUACAUGAAAGUAGACAAAAGGAAGAACACGUAAUAAAUACAGGUGACUUUACGGGAGGACAAGAAGGAAGAGAUGAUAUUGAACAAGAAGAUAUGCAAGAAAGCAUGAUAAAAUUUAUGGAAGAAUAUAAAGAAAGACAUGCAAGUGAUGACGAAGAUGAAAAUGUUGUUGAAUAUGAUGAAGAAGGAAAUGUUAUAUGGACAUGGAAGAAGGAAAUUGACCCUCUGCCACCUAUUGACCAUUCGGAAAUUGAGUAUAAACCUUUUGAAAAGAAUUUUUAUUCUGAACAUCCAGACAUUGCAGAUUUGACAUUACAACAAGCAUUUGAAUUGAGGAUUACAUUGGAUAUUCGUGUUUAUGGACAAAAUAUCCCAAAACCAGUUGUUAGUUUUGGACAUUUCCAAUUUGAUAAACCUAUAAUGAAUUUAAUUGUUAAAAAUGAAUUUGAAAAGCCUACGCCUAUACAAGCACAGGCAGUUCCAGCAGCUUUAUCAGGCAGAGACGUUUUGGGAUUAGCAAAAACUGGAAGUGGAAAAACUUUGGCAUAUAUAUGGCCUACAAUUGUGCAUAUAAUGAAUCAAGAAGAAUUAGCACCGGGAGAUGGGCCGAUUGCUUUAAUUGUUGUUCCGACAAGAGAAUUGGCUAUUCAGGUUUACAACGAAGCAAAGCGUUAUACUUCCCUUUACAAUAUUGCUCUAGUUUGUGCUUAUGGUGGUGGAUCCAAAUAUGAGCAGAAAAAAGCUUUGGAAAAUGGAGCUGAAUUGGUUAUUGGAACACCUGGAAGAAUAAUUGACUUAGUUAAAAUUGAAGCAACAAACUUUUUAAGAACAACAUUUCUUGUCCUCGAUGAGGUUUUUUUUAAUAUUUUUUUGAGAUUAGGUCUCAAAGCCUUUCUCCCUCUUCCCUUCCUCAAGAAAGCAGCCCCCUAUGGAUUAGUGGGGACUUGGAUCAAAAACAUCAAUUUUGCCAAUCUUGGGGACUCUCUUGUCAGUCCUGGGGACUCUUGCUGGUAUUUUUAG